UGUGGCUGAAAGGAUCUUAAAGGAUAAAGAAGAAACUCCUGUUGUUUAUGGCUGAGGCUGCACCUCCUGUUCAUGGAUGUGAAAUGCAGGGGAACAGGCCUGAAGUUAUCAGGAGAGUGAUAAGAAGCUGUGUUUUAUUUGCAUUUCCUUCGCCAAAGGAUACAUGACCAGGCUGUUCAUCCUGAAAAGCUGUACCUUGAUGGGAGUGGGGCCAAGCUGCAAAGGGGAGGAAGUCGGCAGAUUUCACACAUGAUGGACUGCAACGACUCCCAUGCUCUGCUCUCUGGGGAGCACCUCAUCUAUGCCAUCACCAUACCGCUGUCAACUUCCAUCAUCCUGGCCAACCUUGUCAUCAUCUUAGGCAUCGCCUGGAACCGCCAGCUCCACAACACGACCAACUACUUCUUCCUCAGCCUGUUAGUGGCAGAUCUGUGCACAGGCGUGGCGCUGCCUUUUAUCCCUUUAAUGGGCCUGAACCGGGAGUUGAGUUUUAGCUCCUGCUUGGUGGCUCACGUGUUCCCAAACUUCCUCUUCCUGGCAUUCCUCUUCAACCUGGUAAUGGUCCACUAUGAGCGCUACAUUUGCAUCGUUGACCCCCUGCAUUACAAUAACCUGUGGAUGCAUCGCAGCUUUCCUCUGGCACUGCUUGUGGUUUGGGCGCCACCACUUCUGUACGCAUCUCUUCCUGCUUUUGGGUGGAAUAACUGGACAGGGCCAGAUUGGAACGGCUGUUGUGCAAGUAGCCAAAAUAUAACGUCACUUUCAAACUGUUUCACAAACAAAACCACAUGCUGCUCGUACAGGCGAGUAUUCCCCAAUGCUUUUAUCUACUUGGAGGUGUAUGGACUCGUCUUACCUGCUAUUCUUACCAUCGCUGGCAUGACUGGCCAUGUUUUAUGGAUCACCCGAGGCCAGCUGAAGGACAUUUGUCGCCUCCAUCGCUCAGUGGAGCGGGGAAGCCAGGCCUCGGACCGAGAGCAGAGGCUGAACCUGCGGUACACUCGAUGCGUGGUGGCAGUGUCGUUUACAUUUCUCGCUUGCUGGGUACCCUAUCUCAUUUACAUGCACGUCUGCAUGGCGUUCUUGAUGACGGACACCAAGUGGAGCUCCACCACUCAUAUUAUACUGUCGUGCACUGGUAUUGGAAGCAUGGCAGUGGUGCCGCUGGUGCUCGGACUAGCCAACAGGCAGUAUACAGAACCUGCAUACAAACUGCUCCAGAAACUAAGAGACAGAUGGAGCCGAAGGACGCAGGGAUCAGAGGAGGUGGCAGUCUGAGAAAAUACUGACAAAUAGGAAUAUUUAUGAAGAUGAAUCUGCAAGAAAUGAUGGUGGUUGAUACCCGCGGUAAUCUAUAUUAUGAAAGAUUAUAAGGGCCAGGCAUAAGGGGAAGAAAAGGGGGAGGAAGAUUUUUUUUUAUUUUGCAUGAGGAAAAUGGUCAAAAUGUCAAGAACAAAGUCCAAAUGUUGAGAAUAAAGUUAAAUCUCCAGUAUUAGUGCCAGGUAAAACACAAAUAGAUCAGGGGAGGAAGUAUUUUUUCUUUUUUCUUUUUUUUUUGCAUUUCGAGAAAAGUUGAAAUCUUGAGAAGAAACCCAGCUGGUACCGGAUUCUGAUAUGACAUCAGAAAAUCAGGUUGAAGAUAUUUUAAAUGUCUAAUGAUGUUAGAAUUUCACGUUGUGUGCACAUUAACAUUAUGACGUUUUGCUAACUUUGUUUCUCCUGAUCAAACACAGUGCUCUCUUCAAAGUUCUAAUAUUUAUUAGCACACUGUGUUCAUGCGCUGAAGGAAAAAUAAUAUCCUUCUUUUUAAAGCCAAUUCUGAAGUUCAGCAAAUCAUCUACACAAGGCAUUUCAUGGAGGCAGUCAUAUGCACUAACA